AUGGCGUCAACGGCGGCUGAACAAGUCGAGAGAAAAAUCGCAUCGGAAACAUCGAAGACGAGUCCAGACAUCAAAGCGGCUGCUCAAUCGCGUAUCAGUAAUCAAAUUGACGCAUCUCCAUCUCCGUCGAUGAUCGCUAAGGAUUCAAUUUUCUCCUCCGCUGCUAACGUCGCCUCUCAGCCGCUUCAGAACUACGAUUCGAACGUCUGGGGAGUCCUCACCGGAAUUUCAAACAAUGCUCGCAAACGCCGGCAGGGCAUAAAUAUGCUUUUGACUUGUGAUGAGCAUUGCUUCGGGCGGCUGCCGAGUCACGGCAGUUAUCAAAUAGACUCAAAUGCAAUAAGUGGGAAUCAUUGUAAGAUAUACCGUAAGCAGCUAACAGCCGGUGAUGAGACUACUCCGUCAAGCUCUGAUGUAUCUGUUUUAUUGGAAGACACCAGCACAAAUGGUACGUUUCUCAAUUGGGAGAAGUUGAAAAAGAAAGGCCCUGUAGUCAGGGUUCAGCAUGGUGACAUCAUAUCGUUUGCUGCUCCUCCAGAGCAUGAAAAGGCCUUUGCAUUUGUAUACCGCGAAAUACUUGGAUACAAUCCUGCACUUUCCGGAAUGAGCAGAAAAAGAAAAGCAGAGGAUGUAACUUGUGAAACUAAGAGACCCAAGGGUAUAGGCAUUGGUGGUCCUGAUGGUCCAAUAUCUUUGGAUGAUUUUAAGAGCCUCCAGCGAUCAAACACGGAACUGAGGAAGCAAUUAGAAGCACAGGUGCUUACCGUUGACACUCUGCGAAAUGAGUCCCGCUCAAUUGUGGAGCACCAUGAAAGUGAAAUAAAGCAAAUGAAGGAAUCGAUUGAAAAGUCAUUUCACAAAGAACUGAUUGAGCUGCGUGAUCUGAUAGAUACUAAGCAGAAGGAACUGGCGCAGGUCAACAAAGUAUCAGCUGAACAGAAGCAUUCCAUAGAUGACCUUGGCGAGAGACUUAGCACUUCUUUGCAGUCUCUCAGUGAAGCAAAUGAAAUAAUUAAAAGUCAAAAGGUAUCUAUAGAUGAACUGAAGGCAGGGUUGGAUGAAGAGAGAAAUCAGAGAAAAGAGGAGAGAGAAACUGCAAUCGCUGAACUAAAAGCUGCAGUACAUAGAUGCCAAAUUGAGGCUCAGGGAGAACUGAAAAGAUUUUCUGAUGCUGCUAUGAGACACGAGAGGGAACAACAAGAUGUAAUCAACAAAAUGAAGGAGUCAGAAAAAGAAAUGUCCACGCAAGUGGAAACUUUGAUGUCAAAAUUGGAAGAUACGAGACAAAAGCUGGUCUACUCUGACAAUAGAAAUCGUCAGCUCGAAGCUCAAGUUUCCGAGAAGCAGCUUGCUUCUGUUAAUGCACAAAAAAAAAUGGAAGAACUUGGCCUUGAAAUAAAAAGACUGCAAAAGGAACUGGAGAACGAAAAGGCAGCCCGAGAAGAAGCAUGGGCUAAAGUGUCUGCCUUAGAACUAGAGAUGAGUGCUGCUGUUCGAGACCUUGACGUCGAAAGACAGAGACACCGUGGUGCAAGAGAAAGAAUCAUGCUACGCGAAACUCAGUUGCGGGCAUUUUAUUCAACGACCGAGGAGAUCUCAGCUCUGUUUGCAAAGCAGCAGGAGCAGCUCAAGACCAUGCAGAGAACUCUGGAAGACCAGGAGAAUUGCGACAAUACUUCGCUAGAUAUCGAUCUUAAUCCAAUAAUCAGAAAUCCCAACAGAGGUCAUACCGAGGAAGAUGAAAGAGCAACUUCCCAUACGAAGGCAAGCUCCUCAACUUCAAGGCAAAGGUCUAACAGAAAUGAAGUCAUGGAUACGUCCUGUGAAGAAGACGCAGACGCUACUCAGAAGCAUGAUUGUGAAAUCACGAGCCAGGAAGGGCAAAACACCCAAGAAGCAGAACACACAAGCUCUGAGAAAGUCUCAAAGGGUGGCUUCGGCUCAGAGAUAGAAGGUGGUGUCGGUUCAGAACCCGCUUUGGGAACUGACCCUGACCAUGUAGGAACAGAGCAAGUGAAUGAAACUCAAAGUCCAGGAAAUGAUUACGAGACAAAUGAGCAUAUGAGGAAGUCGAUCACUUCAGCUGGUGAUACAAUGCAAAUAGAUUGUGAAACUCAGGCACUUGAAAGUGUUCCGAGCGAUGGAGCUCUUCUCUUUUUAAGGAACGAUCGAAGGGAUACACAAGAAACAGAGGGAGCAGGCACUAUCAGAACGUCGGAUCUUCUAGCUUCUGAAGUUGCUGGGAGUUGGGCUUGUAGCACAGCUCCUUCCGUACAUGGAGAUAACGAAACCCAAAGAAUCAGAGAGGAUGAAGAAAGUCAGACUCAGAGAAUCAAGGAAGCGACCGUACUAGUACAUGAUUCUGCUGGUCAGGUAGACGAAAGUCAAACGACACCUACAGUUCCUGAAGUCCUGGUGGUCACUAGAGGGAAGGAUGAUGUGGAGGAUGGACUUAUUAACCAGGCAGUGAGGAUCAUAAAAGAAAAUGGUAAAGGCUCGGAUUCUGAGACAGAGAGUUGCUCUGAUACAGAUGAUGAUGAUCAUGAGAAGGACAAACACGGUCCUGUCUCAGACUCUGAUACAGACGGUUCUGAUAUGAAUGAUGACAAGAGGUCACACUCUUCGGAUCCCGAUACAGAAGGAAGCCGGGAUCAGAAGCAGGUGGACACAAUGGACGAAGACGGUAAAGCUACUUAG